UUCAAAAAAUGUCUUCAUGACACACCUCUUCCGCCUGGGGCCCGGAAGGGUGAUGUGGCUGGGGUGUCUCUGGUCUCACUAUGUCUGCCAUUUUCAACUUUCAGAGUCUGUUGACUGUAAUCUUGCUGCUUAUAUGUACAUGUGCUUAUAUCCGAUCCAUGGCACCCAGCAUCCUGGACAAAAAUAAAACUGGACUCUUGGGGAUAUUUUGGAAGUGUGCCAGAAUUGGUGAACGGAAGAGUCCCUAUGUCGCUGUGUGCUGUAUAGUGAUGGCCUUCAGCAUCCUCUUUAUACAGUAGUUUGGAAAAAUGCCGAAUGUAAUUACCAUCAGACUUCAGUGUGAACAAGGACUUACCUAUGGGAAAUAAUGGAAAGAAUGUUAACUGUUUUAUCUCUGAACACUGAAUGAGAUAAAUUUCCAGAUGCAUUUCCUCUAUUUUUAUGUUAUUGGACCAAUGUUCUAAAUACAUUAUUAAGAUGUAACCACUUACUACACAAAGAGUCUUACAGUCUGCAGCAAUCAACCUCAGUACUGUCAUUUUAAUAUUACAUUCUGCAAAGGCCAUUCUGUUGUGUAAGACAUGAAUUUUUUUAGUAUGGUCUUCUUAAGGUACAUAGUAGAAAACAAAAUUUAUAAAUUGCUCGAGUACCUUUCAAGUUCCUAAAAGUGACAGAUCUUUAUAGAAGGAAUCCCUUUUUGGAAUAGCCUUUUAUAUUUAGAAAGAUGGUCCACUUUUGUGUUGAUAAGGGUUACAUUCAUGUCUAGUGAUGUUUACUUUUCCUUUGUACACAUCUCAAUCAUUAGCCAGUUUACCUCUACUUUUAUUAACUUCUGUAGUUGAUUACAGGUGUUAAAAGUAUUUAAAAUAAGCAUGCUCAGUUUUAAGAAGAUAAAUGAGAUGUGAUUUAAAGGAGUACUGGCAAGAUGUUCAUAUUUAACAUAAAAAGCAGUUUAAGAAAUCACUGGGUGUAGUAUCCUCCAAGGUCCAUGGUCAAGUAUAAGUAUCUUAAGCAUGACUGUGACUAGCUAGCUGUCAUUCUCUGAAAAAGACAAACUUCAUAAGAUGAAAAGAGUAAAAUAUAAUUGGAGAAUAAUACUACUAUAUGUGCAUUUUAUGUCAUUUUAGUGUCAAAUCUUAAAAACUGAAUGCAUAAUUAUAUUACCUAAAAAUGC